CAUCAUGACUCCGAACGGAUCAUUAAUGGCAUACACCUUGCCCGCCAACAUGAAAGAACUUCGUGAUCAAGUUGCUCUAGUAUCAAUAUCCUGGAAAGAACACCUAGAGCGCAAAGACAAUGAGAGAUAUGAACCGCAAUACAGUCAAGGUGGUCCCAACGAGCCAUCAAAACGUGUGGUCCGACCAGACGCUUUAGAAACGCUUACCGUCGAGUUCGACAACCGGAACCUGAUUGUCAAAUACCUGCAGCCCAAGUUGCUAUUAAUACUCGAAGGCGGAGUGCCACCAGGAAGGAAACGCGAGCUCAAAGUGACAGCAGAGGCGCCUGGCGAUGCACGAUAUCCACCCGAGGACUCAAGCACAUCUGACCGCGCUGAUACCAUGCUCGGAACAUCUGUUGGAUCAAAGGCGUCAACAACAGUCAGUAGCACGCAACGACUCAGCGUUCUUCACAUCCAGCGCAGGAAGAUGGAAAUCAUGGCCGAAACAAUCAAGCAAGAACUCUCCGGGUUCGAGAUGCCCGACGAUCCGACCGACAAGUUCUUUUAA